CUAUUGAUUGGCAGGGGAAGAGGCAGCCCACGGAAUAGCGUCACUUCCCGAGCUGCGUGGAACCCAGAUGGUCUCAGUAUGAUGAAACGGGCGGCUGCUGCUGCAAUCGGGGGAGCCCUGGCCGUGGGGGCUGUGCCCGUGGUGCUCAGUGCCAUGGGCUUCACGGGGGCAGGAAUCGCUGCCUCCUCCAUAGCGGCCAAGAUGAUGUCUGCAGCAGCCAUUGCCAACGGGGGUGGAGUUUCGGCAGGAGGCCUGGUGGCUACUCUUCAGUCAGUGGGGGCUGCUGGACUUUCCACAUCAUCCAAUAUCCUCCUGGGUGCUACUGGAUCAGUUUUGGGGGCCUGGUUGGCACCUUCCUCUUCCCUAGCUGAACCUGAAGCUAAAGAAGAGCAGCCAAGAGAAAAUGUACCCCAAGAUGAACCUCCAAAACCCCCAGUCAAGUCCAAGAAAAAUGAGAAAUAAAGAUCACAUGCA